GAACCACAUCUGAGAAGAUGUUGAAAUCACUGACAACAAAAUUCAACAAGGUGCGACCUGGAGAAGGGGGUGAUGAGAGGACACAAGGCCCUGGUCCCAGCAGUCGGUCUCAGCGGCCCAGGACACAGGGAGAAAACAAAAGUGGAGUGAAAUCUCUCCAAACCAAGAUGACCCCAGUCACAUUGGAAGAGUCGCACACCAAAAUACAAGGUAAAUUAUCCAAGAAGAAUUCCCUCAGAGAUCUGACCACAAACCCUGAUCCUCAGAGUCCAGCAGAGCUAAUCAGAACAAAGCCAGAGCAGAAGGAAAGGGAGACUGAGAAAGAGGACCUAAUCAGUGCAAAGCGCAAACCACUUGGAGCCCCUGUGAUAAACGCGCGCGCGGACGCCCAGCUGCACGAGCUCGUGAGAAGAAUGAGGCGAAGGACGGCCCUCUACAGGCGGCAGCUGGAGGAAGGAGACGCGGGCUCCCCCGAGGCCAGCGCCCGAGCCGCAGAGCCCACAGCUGUCCCGUCGGCACAAGAAAGCACUGCUGAGCUGAAAGAAGAGCAGGACCAUCACGUGUCGCGCUGCAGGCUCCAGAAGGUGCCUCUGACUGACUACCUCAAGCGAAUCAGACUCCCAGGAAGCAUAGAUUCCCACACAGAUCAGUUCUACUUCCUGUGGCUCUUGCUUGUCACCAUCGCCUAUAACUGGAACUGCUGGCUUCUUCCGCUGCGUCUCGUCUUUCCCUAUCAAACACCAGACAACGUGCGCUGGUGGCUGGUGGCAGACAUCGUGUGUGACGGCAUCUACCUCUGUGAUGUGCUGUUAAUCCAGCCCAGACUGCAGUUUAUAAGAGGAGGAGACGCAAUCGUGGAUUCACAUGAGCUAAUGAGGCACUACCGGAGUUCUACAAAAUUUCAGCUGGAUGUCGCAUCCGUAGUGCCAUUUGAUGUUUUCUACUUCUUCUUUGGACUUAACCCAAUAUUUAGGACAAAUAGGAUAUUAAAGUACACCUCAUUUUUCGAGUUUAAUCAUCGCCUAGAGUCUCUGCUGGACAAGGCAUAUGUCUACAGAGUCCUUCGAACAACGGGAUACCUGCUGUUUACUCUGCACCUGAAUGCCUGCAUGUAUUACUGGGCUUCUGACUAUGAAGGAAUUGCAUCUACGAAAUGGGUGUAUAAUGGUGAAGGAAACAAGUAUCUGAGGUGUUACUACUGGGCGGUGCGCAGUUUAAUUACCAUCGGGGGCCUUCCAGAGCCGCAGACUUCAUUUGAAAUUGUUUUUCAGCUGCUGAAUUUUUUCUUGGGAGUUUUUGUGUUCUCCACUUUGAUUGGUCAGAUGCGAGAUGUCAUUGGAGCAGCGACAGCCAAUCAGAACAACUUCCGGGUCUGCAUGGAUCACACCAUUGCCUACAUGAACACUUACUCCGUGCCUAAGAACCUGCAAAUUCGGGUUCGGACUUGGUAUCAAUACACGUGGGACUCGCAAAGAAUGCUGGAUGAGUGCAACCGGCUUGAGGCCCUGCCCCCCGCGAUGCAGUUAGCCCUGGCCGUGGACAUGACCUUCAGCAUUAUCAGCAAGGUCGACUUGUUCAAGGGUUGUGAUACACAGAUGCUUUAUGACAUGUUGUUAAGACUAAAAUCCACCGUCUAUUUACCUGGUGACAUUGUCUGCAAAAAGGGAGAAAUCGGCAAGGAAAUGUAUAUUGUCAAGGAAGGAGAAGUUCAAGUUCUUGGAGGCUGUGACGGCGCACAAGUUCUGGCCACUCUGAAAGCUGGGACAGUGUUUGGAGAGGUCAGCCUCCUAGCAGCAGCAGGAGGAAACCGCCGGACUGCCACCGUGAUGGCCCAUGGCUUCACCAAUCUUUUAACUCUGGACAAAAAGACCCUGCAAGAAAUUCUAGUGCAUUAUCCAGAUUCUGAAAAACUCCUCAUGAGGAAAGCCAGAGUGCUUCUCAAGCAGGCUCCAGCCGCAGAGGCAACCUCUCCAACGAAAGGACUUGCCUUUCUCUUCCCACCCAAACCAGAGACCCCCAAAAUGUUUGAAGUUCUCCAGGGAGGCACAGGGAAAGCUGGUCUUGCAAGACUCCUCAAGCUGAAGAGAGAGCAGAACGUUCUGGAACACAGUGAGAACUGCGAAGGAGGAGAGCGUAAAGGGAAAGGAUGUGAAGAUAAAGGAAGAGGGCCGACAGAGAAAGCACUGGACAAACUGAAACGCAGAGCAGGCUCUGCUACAGACGAGGCCGUGCCCAUUAGAAGGGUAGUGUCACCCGGAGAAACUGCCCGCCGGUCACUCAUCAGCAUGGCUCCUUCUGCCCAGGCCAGGGAAGAGGUGCUGCCAACCGCAGCCAGAGGAGAGGCCCAGCGAUAA